UUCAGAGGCUGAUUUAAUUGAUUUAUUUUCCCUAUAAGUGUGAGAAGUCAGAAACUAUCAAAAUUUCUCAUAAUAAAAAGUAAUAGUUUGAGUGUUCAAGGACAACAGCCGUCUAUCUGACUUUGGUUAUUCAAUAUGCAGAACAGACAAGGAUAUUGCAGCUAUUGCCGUGUGUGCUAUAGUAACCUGGAACAGCAUAUGUCCAGUGAUCGGCACAGAUACUUGACCAUACAGAGUAGACAGUGGAAGGGUUCCCGUACUCUGAUGGAACGUUUCUUGCAGGAUGUACUGCGACACCACCCAUAUCGUUAUCAAAAAAGCAGAUCAAUGCAAAAGAAGAGCCUUCCUAUGAAUACUGCAGCACCUUCUGAAGUGGUUCCUAAUAAUGAUUUUACUCCUGAAGAAAUGGCAGUAGAUGCUGAUGGAGUCAGAGGAGAGAUGCCCACCAAGGAUUCUAAACCUGUUGAAGACAUGUAUUCUAGAUCUAGUAAAUCUCAAGAGUAUAUACAGGGUGUUUCAGUUCGACCAUCAGUUAUUCAAAAAGUGGAGAAAGGACAGCAGCAGUCCUUGGAGUUCGUUCACAAAAUUGGGAACAACAUGAAAGAAUUUAAUUCAGUUGGUAUUGGUCACUCUACAAAUAAUAGACAAAGUGUAAUACGUUUUUCAGUUAUUUCUAAUGCUCCUGUUAGUUGUUUACCUGAAAGUUCUCAUGAAAGACCAGUUACAACUAAUACUACUACUUUGUUACCACUAGGAGCCCAUUUUGAUUCAGUUGGCGAAUGUGACCCAAACAAAGUUGACAAAUACCUUAAACAGCUGGAUGGGGACUCUGGAAAUCUUACGCUCUCAUGUUAUCCAGAAACUUCUUCAGGUUCAUGUCAGAAACCUAAAGAAUCAAAUAGGGAAUCUUUAUGUAUAAAUUCAGAUAAAUUGGUUAUACAGGAAGAUGUAAAAUCUCAGGGUAAAACUUUGUCAGCUGGCUUUGAAGCACAUGAAUUUGUGGGUACUGAAGGCUCCUUAAAAUUGGAAUCUCUUUCCAAAUUAGCAGUAAACCCAGCAAUCAACAUGAAUAAAACUGACAUACCUGUUAAUAAAGGAAUCUUUGAAGAUGGCAUUCCAAAGCAUCAUGAGGAAUUCUUUCCUAAUAUGGAUUGUACCCAAGAAGGAAAGCAUUUGGCCUUUUUGGAACAGAAGACCUCAGUGAGUUCCGAAAUGAAGUUGGCUGGUGGCUCUCUUCAGUCAGCGUCUGAUCACCCUGAAGAGGAUGUGCCAGACCUUUGGAAGGAGGAGCAAAUUGACCAAGAAGAUAAGAACUAUGAAUUAAGAAGUUCUGAAAUGAGUUUUGAUGGCAGUUCUUCUUUUUAUUCACUUACUGACCAAUCGAAAGAGACUGCUAAUGAAAUAAACCUUUCAGAGGAAGUACAUGCUGAUUUGCAGUAUAAGAAUAACGAAUCUUCUGUUUCUGAAAUAAGUUCUGAUUGUGAUGGCUCUCUUCACUUGAUUACGAACCAAACUCAAGUAAUUGUUAAAGAUAUAAGUGCUCAGAAGGCAGUGCAUAUUAGGCUGGUUGAUGAAAGCUAUGAAUCUAGUGAUUCUGAGAUGACUUUUGAUAGCAAUGCCUCACUUCAGUCAAGUGAUGACUACCCCCAACAGUCUGAUAAAGAAGCAAACCUUCUGAAAAGGGCACACACUGGCUUGGUUGAUAUGAACUAUGGAUCCAGUAGCUCUGAAAUAAGUACUGAUUCUGUUUUCUCACUUGAGUCAGUGGUUGACCAACUCCCAGUGGCUGUCACAGAGAGAAAACUUCAGAAGUUUCACAAUGGCUUGGUUGAUAUGAACUAUGGAUCCAGUAGCUCUGAAAUAAGUACUAAUUCUGUUUUCUCACUUGAGUCAGUGGUUGACCAACCCCCAGUGGCUGUCACAGAGAGAAAACUUCAGAAGAAGGUUCACAUUGGCUUGCUUGAUAUGAACUAUGGAUCUAGUAGCUCUGAAAUAAGUACUGAUUCUGUUUUCUCACUUGAGUCGGUGGUUGACCAACUCCCAGUGGCUGUCACAGAGAGAAAACUUCAGAAGGUUCACAGUGGCUUGGUUGAUAUGAACUAUGGAUCCAGUAGCUCUGAAAUAAGUACUAAUUCUGUUUUCUCACUUGAGUCAGUGGUUGACCAACUCCCAGUGGCUGUCACAGAGAGAAAACUUCAGAAGAAGGUUCACAUUGGCUUGCUUGAUAUGAACUAUGGAUCUAGUAGCUCUGAAAUAAGUACUGAUUCUGUUUUCUCACUUGAGUCGGUGGUUGACCAACUCCCAGUGGCUGUCACAGAGAGAAAACUUCAGAAGGUUCACAGUGGCUUGGUUGAUAUGAACUAUGGAUCCAGUAGCUCUGAAAUAAGUACUGAUUCUGUUUUCUCACUUGAGUCAGUGGUUGACCAACUCCCAGUGGCUGUCACAGAGAGAAAACUUCAGAAGAAGGUUCACAUUGGCUUGCUUGAUAUGAACUAUGGAUCUAGUAGCUCUGAAAUAAGUACUGAUUCUGUUUUCUCACUUGAGUCGGUGGUUGACCAACUCCCAGUGGCUGUCACAGAGAGAAAACUUCAGAAGGUUCACAGUGGCUUGGUUGAUACGAACUAUGGAUCCAGUAGCUCUGAAAUAAGUACUGAUUCUGUUUUCUCGCUUGAGUCGGUGGUUGACCAACUCCCAGUGGCUGUGACAGAGAGAAAGCUUCAGAAGAAGGUUCACAUUGGCUUGGUUGAUAAGAACUAUGGAUCAAGUUGUUCUGAAACAAGUUUUGAUUCUGAUAUUUCUCUUCAGUCAGUAGUUGAUCAUCCCCAACUGGCUGUCAGAGAAAGAAACCUGGUAGAUAGGCUUGUUUACCUGAAAGAUAAGAAUCGUAAACCCAGUAGUGCUAAAGCACAUCUUGACUGUGAUGUCUUUCUUGAGACAGUGACUGAUGAACCUCAGAGGGCCAUUGAAGAAAUAAAUCUGAAAGAGAAGAAUGACCUUAUGGAUAUGAGCUAUGAGUCUUAUGGCUCUGAGAUGAGUUUUCACACUGAUGCUCAAUUAGUACCUGACCAAUCCCAAGUAGCAGUUAAAGAAGUAAACAUUCAGGAAGUAGCUGUUGACUUGGAGAGUAAGAGUGUUAUAUCUAGUGUUCCUGGUCUAAGUUUUGGUUCUCAUGCUUCUCUUUAUCGAUCAGGUAAUGACCAACCUCAAGGGGCUUUGAGUGAAAUAAAUCUGAAAGAGUUAAAUAUUGACAUGGAAGUUAAAAGGUAUAGGUGCUCCAGUUCUGAGUUGACUUUUGAUUCCGAUUCUCCUCUUACAUCAGUUACUGAGUAUUCUGAGCUGGAUGUUGAAGAAGUAAGAAAGAAGCACAUUAACCUGGAAGAUGAGAGCUUUGAGUCAAUUAGUUCUAGAAUAACUUUGGAUUCUGAUACUCCUCUUCAUUUAGGGCCUGAUCAGCCUGAAUUAGCCGAUAAAGAAACAGUCAUUCAGAAAGAAGGGUAUGUACACUUAGGAGGGAAGGACGAUGAACCCACCACUUCCAAGAUAAGUUUGGAUUCUUACAUCCCUUUUCACCCAGUGAUUAACCCUCCAGAAGAAGCUGUUAAAAAUCUGUUAAAUUUUCAAAAAGAAGAGUGGGUACCAGUCGAAAAUAGAGAAAACAAACCUAAUGGUUCUGAAUUAAGUUUUGAUUAUGGUAUUUUUCACUCAGUUACUGGACAUUCUGAAGAUCCCAUUAAAGAAAGAAGCCUUCAGAAAGAAGAGAAUGUACACUUAGAAAAUAAGAAUAAUGUACCCAGUGUUUCUGAAGGCAGUUCAAAAUCUGAUACCUCUUUUCAGUUAGUGGCUAAUCAUCCUGAUGUAGCUAUUAAAGAAAUAAAUCUUCAAAAAGAAGAACAUGCAAACUUAGCAGAGAACGGUAAUGAGUUAAGUAUUUCUGAAACAAGUUGGAAUUCCGGUAUUCGUCUUCAGUCAGUGAUCUACAAACCUGAAAUGGUUGUUAAAAAACUAUGGCUUCAAAAAGAAAAGCAUGCUCAAUUAAAAGCUAAAUGUGCUGAAUUUAGUGGUUCUGAAACAAAUUUAGAUUCUGAUAUCCCUCAUUGUUCAAUAAUAGAACCUCAAAUAGCUGUUAAAGAAAUAAAUGUUCAGAAAGAAGAAUGUGUUGGUCUAGAAAAUACGAGCAAUAAAUAUAGUAGUUCUGAUACAAUUUCGGACUCUGAUGUCCCUCCUCGGUCAUUGACUGAAAAACCUCAAGUAACUGUUUUGAAGGAGGACCAUGUUGACCCAGAAGUUGAAAGUACUAGACCUGGAAAUUUUGAAAUAAAUUUGGGUGUUAAUGCCCCUCUUCAUUCAGUUCUUGACCAACCUCAGCUAGCCCUUUUGAAGGAAAAACAUGUUGAUCUGGGAGAUAAAAACAGUGACUCUGGUGGUGGUAAAGAAGGUUUUAAUUCUGAUCACCUUCAUUCAUUGCCUGGACAAUUUUGGAAAGUGAUCAGAAAAACAAACCCAUGGAAGGAAGAUGAUAUGGGCCUGAAAAAUAAGGUCAAUGAACCUAAUGUUUCUAAAUUAAUACAUAAUUCUGAUGUUUCUCUCCAGUCUGUGUCUGAUCAACCUGAAGUGGGUGUUAAACAAAUAAACCUCGAGAAUGAAGGUCAUGUGUACUCAGAAGAUAAGAACAGCCGAUCUAGUGGGUCUGAAAUGAGAUUGGAUUCUGAGUUCAUGGUUCAGUCAACAGUUGAUCAUCCUCAGAUAACUAUUCUGGAACAAGAGCACUCUGAGCUAGAAGAUAAGCACAAUCAAUCUUGUGGUUCUGAAAUAAGUGUUGAUUCUGUUGAUCCCCUUCAGUCAGUGCCUGACCAGCUUAGAGAAACUGUUAAAGAAAAAAGCCUUUGCAAGGAUCAAGUUGACAUGGAAGAUAAGAGAGAUAAAUCUAAGCAUUUUGAAAUUGUAUAUGAUUCUGAUGUCCUUUUUCAGUCAGUGGCUGGCCAAACUAGAGAAGUUGUUAAGGAGAUCAACCUUUGGAAGGAGCAUGUUGACUUGGAAGAUAAGGUUGUCAAACCUAGUGAUUCAAAAAUAAAUUUUGAUUCUGAUGCACCUCUUCAGUCUGUGACUAAUAAAAUUCAAGAGGCUGUUACAGAAAUAAAUCUGAGGGAGGGACAGGUUUGUCUGGAUGCUAAGAGCUAUGAACCCCGUGAUUCUGAAAUCAUUUUUGUUUCAAAUGCCCCUCUUCAGUCAAUGGUUGAGCAGCCACAUGUUUUGGAAGAGCAACAAGCCAAUUUGGAAGAUAAAAGCAGUGAUCCUUGUGAUCCUGAUAUAAAUUUUGUUUCUGAUGAAACUUUUCAGUCAGUGGCUGACCACCUUCCAAAGUCUGUUAAAGAAAUAGGUCUUUGGCAGGAAGACCAUGUUUACCUGGAAGAUAAGAAAUAUAAACUAGGUGAUUUUGAAGUAAGUUAUGAUUCUGAUGUUCACUUUGUAGCUGGUCAUUCUCCCGAGGCUGUCAAAGAAAUAAGCUUGCAAGAGAAGAAUGAUUCUGGUGUUCAUCUUUGUUUAGAAGUUGGCCAAUCUCAAGUGGUUUGUAAAGAAAUGAACCUUCAGAAGAAAGAGCAUCUUGGCAUGGAAGAAAAGACCAGUGAACCUAGUGAUUCUGACAUAAUGUGUGAUUCUGAUGUCUCUUUUCAAAUAGUGAUAAAUGAACCUCAAGAGUCGGUGAACCUGGUGACUGGUGAUAAUGAUUGUGAAGUGAUUUCAGAUUCUGAUGUCCCUUUUCAGCCAGUGAUUGACUCACCUCAAAUGACUGUCGAAGAAAUCAGCUGUAUAAAUGCUGAAAGUUUUGUUCUAGAAAGUGAGAGCUGUGACUCUUGUGAUACUGAGCUAGGAUAUGUUUGUGAAGCCUCUUCUCAAUCAGUGACACACCACUCCAAAAAAACCUUCAAAAUAGUAAACCAGAAGAAAGACUAUAUUAUUCUGGAAGAGUCAAGUUGUGAGCCUUAUGGUUCUGGAGUCAGUUUUCCGGUUGAUGCUUCUCAUCAGUCCACAACUUACCAAUCACUAGGGCCUGAAAAAAAAAAGGCAAAAUAUAUUGACCCAAAAGAUAAGAGCUGUCAGUCUAAUAGUCUGAAACGAAAAUUUGAAUGGGAAGACACUUGUCAGCCACUGGCUCAUCAACUGCAGAAGGUUGACAAAGGAGUCAGCCUUUGGAAAGAUGUAGAAAAUACUGGCCUAAAAGAUAAGAACUAUGAAUCUAAUGUUUCUGCCAAGGGUUGUAAUGAGUCUCCGGAGUUGGUGAUCCACCAAGUGGCUGAUAAAGAAAACCUUCUGAAGUUAAAAUGUGCAGAUCUAGAAAGUAUGAGCUGUGACCCUUGUGGUUCUGGGAUGAAUUUUCAGUGUGAUCCCUCUCGUCAGUCUAACACUGAUCAGCCUCAAAAAGCUAUUAACAAAACAGGCCUGUUAAAGAAGGUGUCUUUUGACCUGAAAGAAACAAACUAUAAUUGCCAUUCAAGCUCUGUUCCCGGGGUUGAUUCUAUAGGGAACCUGGAAAAAGCAAAGGAGGUCACAGAGGAUGAUCCUGAUGAACAAGUUCCUGAAGGCGUGCCUCAAACCCCUGCUUCAUUGGUGGGGAAAACGUGGUCUCAAACAAUGAGAGAAGGUGACAUGAAUACUAAUGCUCUUGCGAAGGAAUUUAAGGAAGAUAGCUUCCGCUGUUACGUUGAUGACCGUGAGACCAGGAAAAUAAAAAAAAAAAAACUGAAUAAAGGAAAAAAGAUUGCCUGGGCUGACCUUGAGCAGGACACUACAUCAAUUCAGGUCGUCUCAGAUUGUGAUGAUGGUGCAGGUGGUAUUUCAGAUAUUGAUGACUUUCCAGUGGCCUUAGAUAAACCUAGCCAUUUUCUUUCAACAAAGAGGCACUGUGAGCAAACAUGGCGAGUGGCUUCUCGAUGCCAGGCUGUAAAAGUCAGCCAUGGAACUCAAACCAAUCUCUCAAGUAACCCAGGGAUGAAAAGAAGAAUGACUGGACAAGAGAAAGACUCUCCAGGAAGGAAACGUCUACUUUUACAGAACGACAGAAAAACAAGAAAGAACGUAAAAAUUGGAACAGCUGAAUUUCCUGAGUCAUGUAGUACAGUCUUGAAGUCUUUGCAACCAAAUGCCUUAGUUUAUGUUCUUUCUUCAAAUAUUAAGCAGAAGAAAGGUGAACCCAACAACUUCUCUAAAAUGAGGCACUGUAGUAGAAAUAAUUGGGAUAUUAACAUUCAGUACAGAGAUAAACAGAGUUCCUAUAAUUAUUAUGACCCAUUGAAUAAGCGAAUUGUAAUUGAUCCUUCUUUGAACAUAGAAGUACCAAAUUCGGACAGGAAUAACUGUGUUGAAAUUCAUUUUAGUGACCUGAACUCCCGUGGAGGAGAUGAUGACACUUAUGUACAGAGCUCUGCUUCAGCACCUUUUAUGACAGUGACAGUAGGACAUGAAGUAAUGUCACAUCAGGAGGCCAGUGAGCCUUCUGUGUUUCUGGAAGAAUCUGAGAUUUUGAAUUCUAGUGAAGUUCCAAAGGAAAGUAAUUUCCAGUCAACUCUUUUAAAUUGUGAUGUUACGAACAUUUCUCCAAAAUCAGUUAGAAAUAAGUUUUUUGAAAGUAAAAAGAAAAUUCAGAGAAAGAAGGUGACAACUAAUAAUAAGCCAGGUUUUCCCCAAAAGGGCUGUAGACCAAUUAUUCCCCAGCAAAAAACCAGCAUUGCUUCAGAAAAACAGUCAAUUUGGAGUCAGACCAAAUUAAGUGAUAUAAUUAAAAAGUAUAUUCUAAAAUACUCUGUUUUUCUGCGUCACAAAUAUUGGUCCAAGAACACUUUAAUUAGGAUGCAUAAUAAGAAGAAAAAAUCUCAUGUUAGUAGGUUAAAGAAGGCAAAGAAUCCAGCCGAAAUGCUUCUGAACUCGGUUCCCUCAGCUGGUGCUGAAGAGCAGUCAGGAGCUCCAGCAAGCUCUUCUCCCAAGCAACCUGUGCAGGAUUCUCCUGGCCCUGCAGGAAGUACGAACAACGGUAUUAAAAGAAGCCCUAGAAGAAAUCAAAGAAAGCCUUCUAGACCUGUAAGAGUAUAUGAUUUGAGAAGCUUAUAUUCUCAGGUACCAUAUACUGAUAGAAUGAGUACUCGGCUGUCACACAAAUUUCAAGAUAAUAAGGUGAAUUAGAGGUGUUUCUGUUAAGGCUGGUUGAGGAUUCAGUACCUCAGUGGAAAAUGUAUUUGGUACCUUGUGUACAGAGCUUUCCUAACUUUGGUGAAAAAAUUAAUCUUCAAUUAUUUGGCUAUAGACUUAUUUUUUAGAACUUUUAUAUUUAUUUAAAAUUAGUAUGUAGGGUCUUUUUUUUAAUUUUAAGAUUCAAAACCACCCUUUGCUGUAGAAGAGCUUCAUCUUACUUAUAUUACAUAAUUUAGCAGAGUGUAUACAGUUUUCUCCCUCAGAAAUCAUGUCCCUCUUAACUUAUUUUUUGUGAUUGUAUCUCUCGUGUCAGUAGGUUAUAAUUGCAAGAAAGAAUAUGGCACACAUUAAAUGCUAUCUUAUGUUUUACUUUUAAAAAAUUGAACAAAUGAAUAUAUAGUUAUCUUUUGUGAGUUUCUGAGUAAUGUUGUCAAUGUUGUAUUCUAAUUGGAUAAUUUAAAAACAGAAAGUCAAAUAGAUUAUCUCAGCUUUUGAGUAGGACCUAAGUAGUCCUACACAAUAUGUAAUUUAUCUUUUUUAAAAAGAAUUCCAGAAAAUGAGAUUCCAUCAACUUUAAUCCAGUUUUUAAAAGCUGCCUGCUGAUUUUAAAUACAUAACACAAACUUCUCCUGCUUCAUUUAAAUUGGACCCGUAGGUCUCUAACUUUCCUAAUUUGGAUGAAUGCACAUGUGCAGGCUCUGUAGAUUUUUCCUUAGCGUUGUUAGGUCUUAAGGAGGGAUGAUCUUGCCAGUGUGGUUAUGCUUUUCUACCACCUUUAUUCCCCUCCACCUGGAAGGGUUGUUGGUUUAAUAUGAAAAUCCAGGUUAUCUUAUGGGGCUUUAUCUCUUAAAAAUAUUUUAGACAUUACCAUAUUCUUUUUUUUUUUUUAAUAGCUUGAACUGAAAUUACUGGCUUGGUAAUUUGGGCAGACCAUUAAUUUUUGUUAUUAAUAAGUUACUUAUAAUCUUAAUAUUUCAAAAGAUCUAAUAAAACUAAUAACCUAGGUGAAGGCCCAUUUUGCAAGUGAAAAACUAUGUCAUUGUACAUUAGUUUGGCUUUCCUUAAACUUGCCAACUGAUUUUAGUAGUUCAAAUAAAAGAUGUCAAGAGAGGCAGUUUAGGCCUGAGGUACUCACAGUAUGUUUAGACCUUUUAUUCAGGGACACAGGUUGAGCUGGUACAGGUACAUCCAAUUAUCCUGUUAAGCCAAGGAUCCUGGAUCCUUCUCUGCCAUCAGUGUUAAAGGGAAACAUGGAUUUCAACUGUUACAUUGUAUAAACCAUAUUUUAUUGAAACUAGAUCAGUGUACCAUGAUUUCAGAGAUAAAACUCUAUUACCUUAGAAUUAAUAAAAUAUAGUGUAACAAUUGGUUUCUAAAUAUAGCUUUAUUUCAGGAGCCAUUAUUUAACCUGUGGGUAUGUUAUGGUGUGUUGUAAUUUCUUUACUUCUAAAUUUAAAACGGUAAGUAUGUUGAAAAAAAUGGACAAAUGUUUAUAUUUUUAGUUGCAGCAACUUCAACUUUGCCUCAUAUAUGAAUAUUUUAAUUUCUUAAAGUAUGACUGUGGUCUUUUAGUUUAAAAUAAUCCUCCAAUUUUAAUUUAGGAAAAAAACCUGUUCUGUUUAGGAAGUAAACAAGCAACUAAUUCAUGAAAAUAUUCUACUUGUGGGUAUUGGUGUCUUUGUUCCCUAUGAAAUAGACACGCAACUCCCUUGAGUACAGUUAGUAAGCAUUCUGCAUACUUUUAGUGUCAGUUUAAAAGUAAGAGAUCAUAUGGAAAUAAUGUACCAUGUAAUUAUUUAUACAUCUAUUGUGAUCACAUCAUGCAGAGAGGAUAGUGCUUAUAAUCUGAGUGAUCAAAAACUUGAAGUUAAAAAAAUUUUACUACAUUUUUUGCUUUGGAAACUCUUCUAAGUACCUUUUUCUUUCCAAAUUUUUUAAAAAUACAUUUUUAUUGAAGUAUAGUCAGUUUACAGUGUUGUGUCAAUUUCUGGUGUACAGCACAAUGCUUCAGUCAUAUAGGAACAUACAUACAUUUGUUUUCAUAUUCUUUUUCACCGUAAGUUACUACGAGAUUUUGAAUGUGGUUCCCUGUGCUGUACAGUAUGAACUUGUUGUUUAGUACCAUUUUCUUUUGAGAGGGAAAGGUUUGUAUCUAAAAUUUAUAUCAAAGUAUAAAAGUCCUGAUGAUUUUUAGACA